GAGGGAACCCUUGUCUAAUCUUUUUCUAGUUUUCUUCUGCAUCCAAAGCUGUAAUCUUUUCUCUCAAAUAGAAUCGGAGAUGCCACCGCCAUCCUUCCCUUCAGACAUGACAGAAGAUAUACUCCAAUUACUUCCCGUUAAGUCUCUGGUGAGAUUCAAGUUGGUUUGCAGCUCAUGGCGCUCUUUGAUCUCCUGUUCCCGAUUCAGAAAGACACACUUCAAUCGGGCAUUUCAGAACCCCAAGCUCAGUGCCCACAAAGCUCUUCUCUCAACACCUUCUGGUUUUAUGCUCUUAGACCCAAGAAAACCCUUUGGUGAUAAUGGAGGUACAAUGGUGGAUCUGACUUUUCCGUUGGAAAGAGAGGAUGGCCACCUCAGAAUUGCGGGUUCCUGUAAUGGCUUGGUAUGCUUAGUUCUUGACGGGAAAAGAGAUUUCUUUCUAUGGAAUCCUUCCACCGGUGACUGCAACAAGUUACCGGAAGCUUGUACUCCCGCUGGUCAAUGGUAUGUACAUGGUUUUGGUUAUGAUUCAUCAUCUGAGGAUUAUAAAGUUGUUUUAGUUACUAAUUAUGUACGUAUAACAACGAUUGGAACUGGAACACGGAGUCGUACUGAGGCAGAAGUUGCAAUCUUUUCAGUGAAAAGAAAUUCCUGGAGAAUCUUGAAAGAUGUAAAUAAGGCCAUCCAUAGGCUCUCUGGAUGGAAUUAUGAUACUUUUCCUGAGUCAACCUUUCUGAAUGGAGUAAUCCAUUGGAUGAAUGACAAUUUUGGAACUAUAAUUGCUUUUGAUUUAGCAAGUGAGACUACUUGUGAAUUUCAGGCUGUUAGCCAUCGUUCUGGAUUCUUCGAUAUGGACUUGGGAGUUCUUGGAGGUUGCCUUUGCUUAAUCUAUGAUUGUUAUAUUGAGUUUGAGUUAUGGGUAAUGAAGGAAUAUGGGGUUGAGACAUCUUGGACCAAGCUGUGUAAUUUAGUAAAUCCAGAUUCUGCCCUUUAUGGUAUUGAUGAUUAUGCAUCGGAAGAUUUUUAUACAACCUUAUGUCUAUGCAACUCAGAAGAUGAUGCAUUUAUAUUAAUAAGAAGCAGAAAGGAAUUAAUAAGGUUUAAUGGAAGAGGAGAAGUACUUGAAAAAGUUUGUAUCUGUAACAACUCAGACAAUUGUGACGGAAUUGCAUUUGUGGAGAGCAUGGUAUCUGCUAACGAUCCAUGAUCAGGUUUCUUUGUUUCUAGGCCUUAACACACUACAAGUGCUACCUGGCUACACACAGAGAAGCUUAUAUCUCCAGUCUCGUGGAAAACAAUGAAAUUUAAAACCAUAUGCAAAACAGGAAAUUUUAAGGUUUAAGAUACACACAGUAUACAUAAUCCUGAACCCUCUCACUUUUGCUAUCAUCAAGGCAUUAGACAUGCAGCCGUCUCAGGUGUCAAGUGAUUCUUCCAAUCUCCCAUGGCAUGAGUUAUUCAAGCGGGAACUGUCUGAUACAAUUUGCUUUCCUGUUUUGUUCACUUCUAGACUGCUAAAUUUAUCAAAUCUAUGCCCAAUGACUCGGCUCUGUUCCUCUAAGGUGUAAGGACAGCCAAUGCCACGAACUCAACCAAUCUUUUUACAUGAGGUGUUGUGUCGUUGUGCCAAUAUAUGUAUGGGAUUUAUCUAUUUUAACGGUCUCUGUAAUGACUGAUUGUCUUUAUUUUGUUUUCUCUUUUUACCAAAAAGAAAUUUAGAGGCUAAUGCACCUUUUUCUUUUCAGAAUAAAGAAACAAAUUUACAGCUUUUGCUAAUUGCGACACUAGAAUAGGUACUCUUACAGUCUUACUUUUAGAUAUAUUUUUAAAUGAAGAAAGCACUUCAAU